CCCCCCGAAUCUCCUGACCCCCGGGGUGGUUUUUGUUUUCUCCUCACUUUCCCCUUUGGUCCCGGGUUUCCCGCCGGUUGGUGGCUCACCGAUACUUCAUUAUUUGAAUUUUCCUUUUCUCUUUUUUUUUUUUUUUUUCCCCAUCUUCCACCACCCCCCCCUGUCCGGACCCUUGUCCCGGGUUCCCUCUCGGACUUCGUGAUUUCUGAAAGGUCUAGUCAGCAAGCUCUGACUCGGCAGAGAUCAUGGCGGCGGAGUCCGGGAGGUCACCUUAUCCCAAUGGGACCGCUGGUGGAUCUCGUAUCGCCCUCGGUGAUGAGGCUGCCUUGUCUGCACCACGCCGAUCUGUCAGUGAAAGUGACAUGAUGGAAGUGCCACGUUCAACCUUUCGAUCCCAAGCACAGGGCUCCGCCGCGUCACAGCUGUCUAAAUUCUCGCAUGCGGUUCCUGGCACCUCCGCCGCAACCUCGACCACCAACUCGGCUAUAUCCUCUCGCGAGUCCUCCCCCGUCCGGUCCUCUCGUCGUCCGCGCAAUUCCAGUGCCACCCCCCGUCAUUCCUCUCGCUCUCGCAAAGGCAGCCUCGAUCGCAGUCCGAAUCGUUCCAUUGCGACUACCACUCCGGGUUCGGGCACGCUCCCCUCCGCCACCGUCGUGCAACGAACGCUGUCCCAGAACAGCAGACCUCCCGUCCUCAGCCCACCCCCCAAUGCCGAAGCGUUCUCCGAUGUUCCCAGUCCGGACAAGUCCACCAUGCCAUUAUGGGCCACAACACGGCGGUCGGAACAGGAACCCACGCUUCCGAAUACCUCCAUCAAACGGUCCGUGCCGCUGCCCGAUGACCAUGCGGCGAAGCCAGAUCGCAGUGCCCCCCGCCCCGUGAAUCGAGGGGUCAACGGGCAGGGGUCGGCUCUGGAAACCGUUCAGGAGAUGGCCAGUGAUCAGUCCACCCCGUCGACCGACACCGUCCUGAACCGCCCCCUGAGUGAGGAAUCCCAGUUACAAAAGAUCGAUGAAGACACCACCCCCAAGGCGUCCCGGUUCCAUAACGAGAGUGGCAGCGAUAGUGGGGGGAACAAGAGCUCGGAGCCAAUGGAGGGCUCUCGCCGUCAUGCUGCGUCGGGGCCCCGGGGGACCAAUGCCCUGCUCCCCAAGCGAUCGUCGACGUCGUUGAGUGGCGGUCCCCGUGCCAAACCCGCGGAUGGGUCGGUGCGGAACAUGAUCGUCGAGACGGAGACCGUCAGCUCUAUCCCCCAGGUGUCCCUGGCCGUGGCUACCGGGGACCGUGGCAACACCGGCCGCGUGGAUUCGGGCACCCUGCGCAUGAAACCCAGCACGGAGACCAUCCGCCCCAAGAAGGAGAAGAAGCGGACCCGGAAACCGGCGACUUUGGCCAGCGGCGCGGCCUCCUCCAAAGCGGAUAUCUUCGAAGCCAAGGUGGCCAGCGCGGUGGACGAAGCCGAUGUCUCCGACUCGGACGAAACGUUUGUGUACGAGUCCAACCCCCCCGACCCCUACCCUGUUCGGCAGAAUCGGUACCAUUCCCGGACCCCGAGUGCGACCUCGAUGGCCAGCCAGGUGGAUCAGCUGGUGGCGGUGCGCAGUCGUCCGGGGAUCCGGGAUGGCACGCACAGCGUGACCGGCAAGCGCAGCAUGAAAUUCACCAACAAUACCUACGCGGGCGGCGCAGACGAUCCGGGCGAAGAGAGUGCCCGCAGCCACUCCCGCGUCGAUGGCGGCAGCACGCAUACACCCCGUCACCACCACAUCGGGCGCUUCGGUCGCAACAACAACCUCUAUCCGUCCCUGUUUGAUAGCGAAUCGCCGUUCCCGCAGUCGCAGACACACCUCAAGUCCCCGCGGCAUUUCAUUAGCGGCGGGUACCGGCAGUCCCGACACCCGGGGUCUCGCGCCGGUCCCAACUACCGGACCAUCAGCGGGACCAAGAAGUCGAACGAUGGCUACGGGUACGAUUUCGAUGCCGAAGGGGCGGAUGACGAGCGGACGCCGCUGGUCGGGUCCCCCCGGGUGACCCGGAGUCGUCACGGUGGCCGGCGCCCCAACAGCGCCAGUCUCCGCCAAAUGGAAUAUAUGCAACAGCGGCAGCGCGGAUACUUUUCUCGCUACGGUGCCUGUGUGCUCAUUAGUCUUCUGCUCCUCCUGCUUGUCGGCGGCGUGACGUCGUUUGUGGUAGCCUCCACCAAGGCCCUCGUGGACGUGCAGAUCCUGAACAUUCAGAACGUUCUUGCGUCGGAGCAGGAGAUCAUGCUGGACCUGAGCGUGCAGGCCAUUAAUCCGAACAUCUUCCCCGUGACCAUCGAUGAUAUGGAUAUGAAUAUCUUCGCGAAGAGUCGGUUUGUUGGCACGGACCAGUUGUGGCGCGACCCCGACUCCCACGGGAGUCUGAUUCCCCGAGUGGAGGAAAGCCGGCGACGCGCCGAGCUGGCUCGCCUGGCUCGCUGCGCGGGUGACGUGAGUUGUCAGUCGAAUGGAACGCUGAGUGUGCGCGACAAGCACGCGAAGGGGGGUGUCGACAAGGGCACCGAUCCCAUCCCGAGUGAUCCCGCCGGCGACCCGCAGACGAUGCUACUCGGCCGGGUCUUCCGCUUUGACUCUCCUCUGUCGUUCGAGCCGUCUCCGUGGAACUACCUGUCGUCGACGUCGAAAGGGCAGAUCCGGCUCGCCCGUCCCGGGAACAAGACCGAAGAAGGCGGGACGGAACGGUGGGAGCGGGUGCUUCAGCAUGAAUUUGACUUGAUUGUCCGUGGGGUGGUCAAGUAUCAACUGCCUCUGAGCUCCCGGAUCCACUCUGCCUCGGUCAGCUCGAGCGUCAAGGUGGUCCCCGAUGGGGACAAUGAUACGGGGGAUGGGGAUCGCAAGCGUGCCCCGGGGAACAAUGACACUGUGGAAAUCUCGGGAACCAGGUCUUUCCGCCGGACCGAUCCGUCUGAGAGCCGGUCCCUCGAGACGAUGCGGAAAGCCAUUGGUUUCGUCAAGCGAGCCUUCACGGCGUGAUGUUACGUGACCUCUGGCUCCUCCCGAUGUCUUUCUCCAAUACCUCAUCGUGUUGGCCCCGUCUGGACUGAAUGACCGGG